AUGAGAGCUGUGACGAUUGCCGCUGCUGGCGCAGCCGUCCUCACCACUGUUUCCGCAACCAGCCAUGUCAAGCACAUGCAUGCAAAGCUUCACGAACACGUCGCGCGCGACACCUGGGUCGACUGGAACACGACCGGGCCGUCAGCUUCGGAGGCGCCUGUAGAUGGAAAGACAACCAAGGCCGCGACCACAACGAAGGAGACCCCUGUCAAGCCUGCUACUUCCAGCCCUGCUGCCUCGACCACUUCGAGCUCAUUCCUCUGGGAGGACUGGAGCAGCUCUUCUUCCAAACCUGCCGAUCCGGCCUCGACGAGCUCCGUGACCACCUCGAGCUUUGACUGGGCCGACUGGGAGGCGUCCAAGACCGGCACCACCACCUCCAGCAAGCCCGUCAAGGCCGACACCACCUCCAGCAAGCCCGUCAAGGCCGACACCACCUCCACCAAGCCCGCGGAGGCAGCCACCACCUCCAGCUCGAGCUCCUUCGACUGGGCUGACUGGGAAGCAUCCAAAUCAUCGACUACCAGCACUCCCGUCGGUCCUGCUACCACAAGCACGGAGACCGGCUCCACCUUCGACUGGGCAGACUGGGAAGCAUCGAAGACAGCAUCUGUCGCGACACCUGUUGAUCCUGCCAUCACCGCCACGGAGACCUGGGGUGACUGGGAUUCGACUAUUCCCAUCAACUCGGUCACAGCUGUCACUGAGAAGGUGGGCAGCGUUCCUGUAAACCCUGCCGCUACCAGCAGCGAAACCACCACUUGGGGUGACUGGACGGCUGUGGAAGAAACCACGACCAUCACCUUGGCUUCGACCCUGACCACCACUAAAUACGUCGAGCCCGUCAGCACCGAAUCCGUCGCUUGGGCGGAUCAGGAGUCUACAUCGUCCGCUUCCGUUGCCGCUGCCAGCACGUCAAGCGCCACCCCUGCGUUGUUAGCCGAGGCUCACAGCUGCAUCGUCUCCAUUAUUACAUCUUAUGGCGCCCCGACCUGGUAUCCCACACCUAUUGUUGCAACGAAUACUACCACCGCCAGCGCCAUCACCAGCACCUCAAGUAUGGUGUGGGGUGAUUGGACUUCGUUGACGACGUCUUCUACCCCAGCUGUUGCCGUCUCAAGCUCCAGCAGCACUUCGACCUGGGCUGACUGGACUGCUUCUGCAUCUGACUCGGCGACCGUGACCGCAACCACCGAGGGAUGGGCCUGGACGGCUACGGAUGGCUGGGAUUCUGGCAGCACUGCAAGUGCCUCAGUGUCCGGUGGAUCGGGCUCAUCGCAAGGUGGCAGCUGGGGCAGCGGUUCUGAGAGCGGCAACGGUGGCUCAGGCAGUGGUUCCCAGAACGGCAACGGGGGCUCAAGCAGCGGGUCUUCGGGUGCUGGCGGAAUCCAUGCCAACGGAGACUCUUGGGGUUUGACCUACUCUCCUUAUACUUCGCAGGGCGGUUGUAAAGACGCUGGCUCUGUUGCGGCUGACUUGGCUGUCAUCGCCCAGAAGGGCUUCUCAACUGUCCGUGUUUACAGCACUGACUGCGGUACACUCGAGAACAUCGGCAAAGCUGCUCGUGACAACGGCCUGAAGCUCAUUCUAGGUGUCUGGGUCUCCUCCUCGGGUAUUUCGGGUGCUCAAGGUCAAGUUUGGGAUAUCAUUAACUGGGGUCAAUGGGACUUGGUUCAGCUGAUUGUUGUCGGUAACGAGGCUGUCUUCAAUGGCUAUGCUUCCGCUGGCGAACUCGCAGGAUUCAUCGGCAGCAGUGCUCAAGCCUUCAAGAAGGCUGGCUACACUGGCGCAGUCACAACUACUGAGCCUCUCUCUGUUUGGGAGGAUUCCAGCAGUGCGUCGGCGUUCUGCAGCGUCGUCGAUGUGGUUGGUGCCAACUUGUACGCCUUCUUCAAUGCUGCCGUCACUGCCGACAAAGCCGGUGGCUUCAUCCAGGCUCAGAUCAACAUCCUGAACGGUGUGUGCUCCGGCAAGCCAGUGUUUGUUCUGGAGUCAGGCUGGCCACAUGCAGGUAACUGCAAUGGUGCGGCAUGCCCCAGCCCAGAGAACCAAGCCACCGCCCUCAAGGGUAUCCAGUCUACCGUGGGCGCCCAGGUCGUGUUCUUGAGCUAUGAGGACGAGCCAUGGAAGGAGCCUGGCCAGUUCGGCGUGGAGCAGUUCUGGGGUUGCUCCGGUGUAUUCUAG